AUGGAAACAAUUACCUAUGAAAAAUUUAAAAAAAAAAAAAUAGAGGAGUAUUCAGAAGAGAAUUUGAAAAAAAUAGGAGAAUCACUGUGCUUUAGAUUUAAUUAUAGAAAAAAAGAUUUGUACAAUAAAAUAAUUAAUCGUUUAAAAUUAGAUAACGAAAUAGAAAAAGAAAUUAUAAAAAAUAAAAGUAUCAACCCAUUUAAUAAAAAUAACAACAUUUUAAUAAUUGAAAACAUUUCCUUGAUGGAGAAACUAUUUUGGGCAGUUUUUAGAAAUAAAACAAUAUUCAAUUCAAUAUUUUCAAAUUUUAUUUUAAAAAAAUCAUGUAGCUAUGAUGAUUUAAUUGGUACAGAAUAUAUUUUCAAUAAAUUCACAAAUGCAAUAUAUAUAAUAAAAGAUAAAAUAAUUAGUAACAAAUAUGUAUUCAGAAAUGAACACCAUGAUAUAAUAGAAAUAUUCAAAAACAUUAUUAAAGAUAACCAAGAUAAUAGAGAUUUUUAUGAUGUACUCUUUACAAAAUCAAAUAUUAAUUUCAAAGAUUGGAACAUAUGGAUAGAGUCAAUUCUUCAAAGUUGUAAUUUAGCAGCACUUAAAAAAUAUAUAUUUCAUUUUAAAAUUAGUCCACAAGAAAUUCAGAAUACCUUUCCGGUUACAUCAUUCUCUUUUAACAGCUAUUUAGAUAUCAAGAUGCUCUUCUACCUUAAACAACACUAUGGUCAUGUUUCAGAAUCAUUCAUUGAACCUCUGGUUAGACUUAGAUUCAAUAACUAUAUGUUUGGAAGUCAAGUAUAUAUCAACAUUCUGGUGGAACCAUUUAAAUUGAAAAAACUUAUCAAAAUAUACAAAUAUAUAAUCACCCUUUACUAUAAUAAUAAUAAUGGUCUAAACAAUGAUACAUAUAAAUAUUAUAAUUUAAUAAUAGAAACAAACAAAAUCACAUCCAAUCACUUUACAAAAAACCAAUUAAACUCCACCAUUAGGGAUUUAAUUAUACAACACAAAACUCAGGCAUCAAAUCAACAAGAUAUAAGCCAUUUAAUAGGUUUACUACAUAAUUAUUAUAAAAUAAUAUUUCAUAUAAGUAAAAAAUACCAAAAAAAACGAUCAAAAACCAGAAAACCAAUGGAUUACUACUAUUACUUUAAAGAAAUUGAUAGAGUAAAAGAUAUGUUGGUAUCAGAGGGAAAAACACUAACACUAUCUAUGGUGCAAGAUUUUUUUCAAGUUACACUUUCAAAUAAACAACAGAAAAUAGAAUUUAUCAAUAAUACUCGAUCACCCAAAUCUCUGGGAUAUUUAGCAAAUUUAAUACUCUCUGGAAACGAUAUUGAACUUAAAGAUCAUUAUGAAAAGAAUUUAAAGCCGUUUUUAAAUUGUACAUAUUUUAAACAAAGUGCUCUAGAAUCUAUUUCAGAUACCAAAACACUUGACUAUUUCUUCGAGAAAAAUCUCUAUUUUGAAGAUGGGAAUGAAAAUUGGCAAUAUAUCAACAAUAAAGAUGUUCUAAUACACUAUGAAAUGCUAAUGAAACAAUCUUCGAAAAAAUUUAGAAUAGUUUAUUCUGAUAAUUUAAAUAUUUAUAUGUUUAUAUUAUAUAGAGCAUUAUUAUACCCAUCAAUAUAUAAAUUCGAUAACUGUAAUGAUUUAAAGCGCAAUAGCUCCCUACCAGUAACCAACCCCUAUCUAUCCGCCCUCAAUAUCAUAAUCCAAAAAAAACAUGAUAUAUUUGAAAACAAAUAUUAUCACAAAAACAAUUUUUUAAAACCAACUCAGCUUAUUUAUCAAAUAUCAACCAAUAUCUCCAAAGAUUUAUUUUAUAAUAUCAUUAAAUCAAGAAUAUCUAGAAAUUUCGAAUUUAUCUUAAUUUUAUUUCUUUUUUAUUGUGGCCGUAUUAAAGAAGGCAUCGAAUAUUUAGAGCAAUUUCCAACUUAUUGGGAUAUUAAAUUUUUUUCUCAGGAGUACAAUAUACUCGCCAUUCUUCCCAUCAAAUCUUUAGAAAAACUAAUAAUUUUUUUUCUUAAAAAAAAUCAAGUCAGUAACUUCAACCUAUUGACAAAAAUAGCAGCAAAAAAAGGUUAUUUACAAAUUUUUAAAAAGGUAUUUUCAAAAUAUGGUAUCUUUUUAAGAGAUGAAAACACCUCCCAGUAUAGAGAUAGAGUAGGCGUCUUCAUCUCAACUGCCAGAUCAUACAAUAAUGAGAAAUUAUUAGACUUUUUAUUAAAAUACACAGGAGGAUUUUAA